AUGAAGGUCGAUAGCGACAUUGAUCAAAGUGAAGACGAGGACAACGAUGACGCAGACGACCUGCGCAAUAUCUUCGAGGCCCUUCAGAAGCGGCAGCAGAAGAAGGCCUCUGCGCGUACUGCAGCGUUCCAAAGCCAGAAGAAAGCCCUCUAUAACAAUGGCCGGAAGAAAGUGCAGGACCUCGUUCGCGAUGGGAUAGAGCUUGCAAACAAUCUGCGCGCCCAAAUAGCCGAGCUUGAAGCGCAAGAAGUCUCCUACGAGCAGCAGAAAGAGCAGUUCGCUUCGCUGCUCAAGGCAAUGGAUCAAGAGACGAAUGCCCUCCUCGGUGCUGCCCGGGUCAUCGAAGACCUCAACGCCCGCCGGGUCACCAUCAUCGACGCUUGCAGCAACCACGUCGAAGAACGCCCCGCGCAGCGCGAGCGGACUCUGCAGAGCUUCCUCGUCAAGGCUCGGGACCAGGUCGAGCGCAGUCGGGCGGAGCAGAAGGUCUGGCUUUCUGAGCGUAAGGCAGGACGCAGACUUACAGUGUCGACUUUGCAGAGCGCCACGGACGCAAAAGCACUCAUCAAGCAAUACAAGAAUAUCCUUCGCGCAGCAGGCAACGAAUGA